AUGGAAGGCGGCUGGGCGGGCGGUAGGGCGGCGAGCGCAGGCGCGGCGGUAUCGACUGACAGGGCGGAGGGCAGCGCCUCGGCCGGAGCGGGCAGCGCGGCAGUCGGGCGCCCGCCGCCGCCUCACGACCAUGGAGGCGCAUCAGCAACCCGCGCCGCCCGCCCUGCCGACCGCCGCGCGGCCCCUCGUCAACCCCGACGAGUAUGGCGAAGUGGACACCUCCAGAUACCCUGCGCCGAAAGAAGCGACGCACAAAGUGCGGGGCCGCAGCGACGUGCUCGAGCUGAUCUGCGGAGCCGGUACCGUCGAUCCCGAACUACUCACUGU